UCAUCGUCACGAUCUUGCGAAUAUAUCAUCUGCUAUCAUGUAACAAAAAACGCGUUAGUAACUGCUAAUAUGUUCAACAGAUAGCUUGACUGCAAACUACUGAAUAAAUUUAACGGAUGACAGUGGUCGUGCACGCUAAGGAGAGCAAUAGGCGCAAGCCAGUUUGCUUUAGCUAGCGAACACAGAGCAGAGUUGCCAAGAUGAAGGAGGUUAGGGGUUGUGGUAUGCGGUCUUCGGUCGGGUUUCUGUCCCGAAGAAAGAUUACCGGGCACCCGCUUCUGAAGGAGGAAUUCCAGAGACGUAGACUGGCUGGGUGCACUAGUUUGUAUAAGAAGGAUAUGCUGGGACAUUUUGGAUGCGUGAACGCCAUAGAGUUUUCCAACAAUGGUGGGGAAUGGCUGGUGUCCGGUGGUGAUGACCGUAGGGUAUUACUAUGGCAUAUGGAAAAGGCUAUUCACUCACGGGCUAAACCAAUCAAGCUGAAAGGGGAGCACCUGUCAAACAUAUUCUGCUUGGCAUUUGACAGCACCAACAAACGUGUCUUCUCUGGGGGGAAUGAUGAGCAGGUCAUCCUACACGAUGUUGAGCGGGGAGAGACUCUGAAUGUCUUUCUACACGAUGAUGCAGUAUACGGGCUGUCAGUGAGCCCUGUCAAUGACAAUGUGUUUGCCAGCUCCUCCGACGAUGGACGCGUCCUCAUAUGGGACACGCGCGAGCCCCCGCAUGGAGAGCCCUUCUGCCUGGCCAACUACCCGUCCGCCUUUCACAGCGUGAUGUUUAACCCAGUGGAGCCUCGUCUGCUGGCCACAGCAAACUCGAAAGAAGGGGUUGGUCUCUGGGACAUCCGCAAACCACGCAGUUCUCUGUUGAGAUAUGGGGGAAGUUUGCCUCUGCAGAGCGCGAUGAGUGUGCGUUUCAACAGCACAGGUACUCAGCUGCUGGCGCUGAGGCGUCGGCUGCCCCCGGUCCUCUACGAGCUACACUCCCGCCUGCCCAGCUUCCAGUUUGACAACCAGGGCUACUUCAACUCCUGCACCAUGAAGAGCUGCUGCUUCGCCGGAGACCAAGACCAGUACAUCUUGUCUGGCUCUGAUGACUUUAACUUAUACAUGUGGAAAAUUCCCAAGGAUCCAGAAGCAGGUGGCCCGGGUCGGGUGGUGAAUGGGGCAUUCAUGGUUCUGAAGGGACACCGGUCCAUAGUGAACCAGGUCCGCUUCAACCCACACACUUACAUGAUAUGCUCCUCCGGCGUUGAGAAGGUCAUCAAGGUGUGGAGUCCAUAUCAGCAGCCAGAGAGUGUGGGUGAUCUAGAGGGCCGCGUGGAGGAUAAGUCGCGGAGUCUGUACACACAUGAAGAAUACAUAAGCCUAGUGCUGAACAGCGGUAGUGGUCUGUCACAUGACUACGUCAGCCAGUCCAUGCAGGAAGACCCACGGAUGAUGGCCUUCUUUGAUUCGCUGGUGCGGCGGGAAAUCGAGGGCUGGAGCUCGGACUCUGACAGCGACUUGAGCGAGGGUGCCAUACUACAGCUCCACGCCAGGGGCCGCAGGUCCUCACGAACAAACAGAGAGGGCGUGGUCUCCACGCCCGUUCCCGCCUCCAACACCCUCAUCAGUCGUAACAGCGACUCCGACCACUCCUCCUCCUCGUCCUCACUGGCGGUGCCAGAGGCGCCGGCCAGUGAGCGAACGGAGCAGGAGGUUUAUGGCAGUCAGAGGAGGAGGGCGGGGCGACAGCAAGCUUCUGCCUUCUUGUUGGAUCUGGUGAACGAGGACUCUGACUCCAGUGGCUUCUGGUUGGACCCUGUGCCACGCCCCCGUUCUCCAAGCCCGCGGGAGAACUCCACUUUGUCCAGCCGCACCUCCUCUCCAGCUGGGGCCUCCUCUUCUACGUCCACCCCCACCUCUUCCUCCAGCUCCAGCAGUGACGAGGAGGACGAGGAACGGCGCAGGAGCACCACACGUCAGCGCAACGCGGCCAGGAGGAGGCGCCGCAUGCGCUUCCCUCACAGGUCUACCGACAGGCCGCAGUCUGCCCAGAACUUUUACCCAGGGACUGACACGUGCAGCUAUCCCAAGAUCACCAUUGAGGAUCCUUCCUCACCCUCUUUGUCCUCAGCAGAGGAAACACAAGAUGCCGCGUUUGAGGCCAACAGUCGACAGAGCCUUCAGGCCGACACGCUACCCGUUUCUAGCCCUGAGAGACCAGCCUCGCGAAUCUCACACCUUCAUACUUCUUCUUCCUCCGCUUCUGACCCCAGUGCCCACUGGUCAGAGUUCAGGGACGGCUCCGGCGAGGAACCGGCGAGAGCGAGAGGAGACGGGCAGGGUUUAACGGGGCCUGUGGAGAACAGCGGGGAAGAACUGAGCGUAACACAGGGAAGCAUCAGCGCGCGCGGAGAGAGCAGGGUUUCCUCUGGCUCGGGUGUUAACGGACGUCACCGGACAAAUUCGCAGAGCAACACGGACGCAACCCUCAACCUUCCAGGAUGUUCCAGGACAGAGACAGAUCCUGAGACAAACCCAACAGACUGUAUAGGCGUGGAAGAACCUUGCACGAAGGGUCAGACUUCUGUCACCGGAAAACGGACUCGUUUAGGGUCGGGAGAGGAAGACCUGGAGAAUCCAACAUCAGAGAAGAAGUUUAAAACAUGAUCAUAUGUUGGAAGAAAAAAAAAAAAAUGGGGGAAGUGGCUCAGCCAGACCAGGAACUGAGCAUCUGUUAGAUGUUAAAUCUGAGG